GAAUCCGUCACUGCUUCACUGUCUAAACUCCAAACCCCAGAUAACCUUUCCCUCCCUUGCCUCUCUUGCUCCUUUCACUUCAACCUUCUUUUCUUUCUCUUCAUUUUCCCUCUCGUUUUAACUUCACCAGCUUCUCAUUAAAGUGAUUGAACCCGAAGCAUCCAAAACUGCCGCUAAACCCAAACCCCCCAUCAACCCUCACUAUCCAAUCAUGGCUUCCGCUUCUUUGCUCCCGCCUUCAGUUUCAGGGACUUCCAGUGAAAUUCGUAGUGCAGCAAGUGACAUUUCUAGAAGUGGGACAGACCUCAAUGCAGAAAAUUGUGAUUUACAUGUUACAUCACUGUACAAGAGGAGAAGGAUAUCUGCCACUACAGAUUUUUUGUCACAUGAUGUUUUGAGAAAGAUUGAAGAAUCUUUACCUAGUUUUAAUUCCCCUGAUUAUUAUAUGGAACCUUGCUUGAAAGAUAUGGCAACAAUGGAACUCUUGGAUCCUGGUUAUUGCAGCCGAGUUCCAGAUUUUGUUGUUGGAAGAUUUGGUUAUGGAUGUGUAAAAUUCUUUGGAACAACUGAUGUUAGAGGGUUGGAUUUAGAUCAAAUUGUGAAGUUCCGUAGGCAUGAGGUAAUUGUAUAUGAAGAUGAACGUAAUAAGCCCAUGGUUGGUCAAGGCCUUAACAAAACUGCCAAGGUAACUUUAAGACUUAAAAUUGAAAAUAUAGACUUGGAAAAGCAGGAGGUAGAUGGUAUUGUUAAGAAAUUAAGAGAGAGUAUGAGGAGGCAAGGGGCACAAUUCAUUACAUUUGACCCUGCAAAUGGUGAGUGGAAAUUUUUGGUUGACCAUUUCAGCAGAUUUGGAUUGAGUGAAGAUGAGGAGGAAGAUAUUUUAAUGGAUGAUGCAACAGGGGUUGUCCAAGAUCCUGGGGAAAUUAAUGGUGGUGGGAAUUCUGAGAUUGAUGAAGAAAUGCAAAUGGAUACUAAUGGACCACUGCUUUCUCAUUCUCUGCCUGCACAUCUUGGGCUGGACCCAGUGAAGAUGAAAGAAAUGAGAAUGUUAAUGUUUCCUGUUGAGGAAGAAGAGGAGCUUGAGGAUUUUAGAGGGACAGUUUCUAAUCGGAAACAAGCCUUUGCCAAAGAAUUUAUAAGGUCUCCUUUGCUUAACUCUAACCAAAGGAUGGGCCAUAGGUCUAGCCCACCUGUUGUACGGAAAACUCCAGUUGCUUUGCUUGAUUAUAAUUCUGGUACAUUUGGUUCAAACUCAUCUGGAACCGUUCUGAUGACACAAGAAAAUAAGGGUAUGCCACUAAAGACAAUAAAAAAGGAAGGUUUCAAGCUGGACAUCAAACAAGAGACACCUGUCACUAGAAGCCAUUCUCGCAACAUAGUUGAUGCGGCAUUGUUCAUGGGCAGGUCAUUUCGUGUAGGUUGGGGCCCAAAUGGCAUUCUUGUCCACUCUGGUGCACCUGUAGGAAGUAAGGACACCCAGAGAGUAUUAUCUUCUGUAAUCAAUAUAGAAAAAGUGGCAAUUGAUAAUGUAGUUAGAGAUGAAAAUAACAAAGUAAAGAAAGAACUUGUUGACUUUGCUUUUGAUUCUCCAUUGAAUCUUCACAAAGCUCUAAACUAUGAAGAAAAAGAAGUGGAAGUUGGAUUCUUUCAGUUGAAGCUUCUAAAUGUUGUCUGCAAUCGCUUAGAGCUUUCAGAGAUUUGUAGAAGCUAUAUAGACAUUAUUGAGAGGCAGUUGGAGGUUCCUGGUUUAUCUUCUUCUGCUCGCUUGGUUUUGAUGCAUCAAGUAAUGGUCUGGGAAUUGAUAAAAGUUCUUUUCUCGGAAAGGGAAAAUACCAGCCAACUGAAAUCAAUGGGUGCUGAUAAUGAGGAAGAUAUGAUGCAUGAUAUCAAGGAAGGUCUUCCAGAAGUUGACCCAGAAGCACUUCCUCUUAUUAGGAGAGCAGAGUUUAGUUGUUGGCUACAAGAAAGUGUAUGUCACCGUGUCCAAGAAGAAGUAAGCUCUGUGAAUGAUUCAGGUUACUUGGAACACUUAUUCUUUCUCUUGACUGGGCGACAACUGGAUGCAGCUGUGGAGCUGGCUGCUUCUAGAGGAGAUGUGAGACUGGCUUGUUUACUAAGCCAGGCUGGCGGAUCAACAGUUAAUCGUUCUGAUGUUGCACAGCAACUUGAUAUUUGGAGAAUUAAUGGACUGGAUUUCAAUUUCAUUGAGAAGGGCAGGAUUCGGCUUUAUGAGUUACUUGCUGGUAAUAUUCAUGGUGCUUUGCAUGGUAUUAAGAUUGACUGGAAGAGAUUCUUAGGAUUGUUAAUGUGGUAUCACCUACCUGCGGAUACUGCAUUGCCUGUUGUGUUUCAAACUUAUCAGCACCUUCUUGAUGGUGGAAAAGCUCCAUUUCCUGUUCCUAUUUACAUUGAUGAAGGACCGGUAGAAGAGAAUGCAAAUUGGAGUAGAGUGGAAAGAUUUGAUCUUUCAUACUAUCUUAUGCUUCUGCAUGCCAGUGAAGAGAGUCAAUUAUGCUCUCUGAAGACGAUGUUUAGCACCUUCUCUUCAACACAUGAUCCACUUGACUAUCAUAUGAUCUGGCAUCAGCGGGCUAUCUUGGAAGCUAUUGGUGCUUUCCAUUCUAAUGAUCUUCAAGCUCUUGACAUGGGACUUGUAUCCCAGUUACUAUGCCAGGGGCAAUGCCAUUGGGCUAUCUAUGUAGCCCUUCACAUGCCUUACUGUGAUGAGUAUCCUUACCUUCAAGCUAUUCUUAUCAGGGAAAUUUUAUUCCAAUAUUGUGAAUCUUGGAGUUUACAUGAAUCACAACGCCAAUUUAUUGAGGACUUAGGUAUUCCAUUGCAAUGGUUGCAUGAAGCUAUGGCAGUUUAUUUCAAUUACCAUGGGGAUUUGCCAAAGGCUCUUGAGCAUUUUCUGGAAUGUGCUAAUUGGCGAAAAGCUCAUUCUAUUUUCAUGACUUCAGUAGCUCAUACAUUGUUCUUGUCUGCCAAUCACUCAGAGGUAUGGAGGAUUGCAACAUCCAUGGAGGACCACAAGUCAGAAAUUGAAAAUUGGGACUUGGGAGCUGGAAUUUAUAUUUCAUUUUAUGUCCUAAGAAGUUCAUUGCAGGAGGAUAACAGUACUAUGGGUGAACUGGAUUCCCUUGACAGCAAAAAUGCAGCUUGUAGAGAUUUUCUUGGUCGUUUGAACGAGUCUUUGGCAAUUUGGGGUGGCAGGUUACCUGUUGAUUCAAGGGUGGCUUAUUCAAAGAUGGCAGAGGAGAUGUGUGAUAUGCUGCUUUCUGAUAUGAGCGAGGGUCCAACGCGUGAUGCCCAGUUAAGCUGCUUUGAUACCGUCUUCAGCGCUCCCCUUCCUGAAGAUCUUCGUUCAAAUCAUUUGCAGGAUGCGGUUGCACUUUUUACUUGCCAUAUUUCAGAAGCCCCUUGAUGUUGGAUUGUUGUGAUUUUGGCUUUGUGUGCGUGUUGUAAAAGUUGGGCAUUAAUUUCGUAGCAACCUUCAUUUUUGUAUUUGUGUUUUAGUAUGUAGUUCCAUCCAGUGAAUAGAUAUAAAAACCGUGUUGGAAGCGCUAACCUAGUUGAACUUGAAAGCCAGUUGGAAAGUGAAAACAUGUACUAGUAUAGAUUUUUCAUUUUAAGCUAACUUUUGUUAUCUUUGGCAAGAUCAUGGUAAUGUAAUCGUUGG